GUUGACGGGGACAGACUGUUGCUCUUUGUGCUCGCUCUCUCUUCCCAUCUCCGGAGCCUGUGGGACUUACUUCAUCUCGUGCACACUCUGCGCUGAUGGGAUUUCUGUGAUUUCACUUGGAUUUAUGCUACAACGGAUGCGAAACACUGGAGAACGAGUGCAAUUGGUGAUAGAUUCCCAUACGAGUAUAUAGAUAUAAUAUUGUGUUGAUUCUGAAAGGAUGUAUACACCUGAUUGGAAGUGCGGUGACCCCUCGCCCAAGCCUGUUUAGUGUGUGGGUGAAACCCAAUUGUUGAAUUUAUAUUUACAGCGUAAAGCUUGCAAGUGAUUCAUUCCUGAAUGUAUAACUAACAGUGCUGAGAGAAGAGAAAAAUACGAAGUGCCAAAUCUGUAUCGUGAGUGCAGUGAAUCGGAUUGUGACCAUUUAAUUGUUGUAGACGUAACGCAGUGGCUAAGAACAGACUCGAGGUAAGAGGUAUGUGUAGGUGUCGAGGGCCUCUUGAAUCCCCCAAGCUGCGAGGGCGCCUCAGUCUAAAUCUUGCUCCUCUCGAGGGCGUUUGAGGACGACCUACUCAAGAGGCAACACCCAUCUCGCCCACCGCGAUAAAGAAAAUAAAUUAAUAAUUAAUAACGAAGUGAUGCCACACAGUGUGAAACAUAAUAUUGAUUCAAUGUGGCACUCCUGAGUUUUGUUGUUGACUUGGAAAAGUAUGAAAACGUUGAUCGAAAACGCAGUGCUCUCGUCGUCCGUGUGUUACUGUGUGUGGUUGGGCUAGCCGUUGACGCUGUCUAGUGUUGGUCACAAGCCUAGUGUGAAAUAAUGGGGCGCGAUUUGUGAAGCCCGAAGUAUAGUUAAAUCUGUUCCUCCCGCGGCUAGUAUGAGUGACUGUGUGUUGCCAGCUGUCAGUAUCAUUCCAAGAUGCAGGUGGUGAAGAUUUUGCUCCUAGGGACAUUUUGCCUGCUUACCUACGGCGGCGAGAACCAGCUCGCCAGCGGACAACAGCGCCAGCACUUCCGCAACCAGCCCGAGGACCAGCACGUGGUCGAGGGCGCCGUGGCCGUCAUCAAGUGCGAAGUCGGGAACCAGAAGGGCCGCGUCCAGUGGGCCAAGGAUGGCUUCGUCCUCGGGUUCAACCGCACGAUCCCGGGCUACCCUCGAUACGAGAUGGUCGGCGACGGCCUCAACGGCGAGCACCACCUCAAGAUCCACAACACGACCCUGCACGACGACGCCGACUACCAGUGCCAAGUAGGCCCUGCGGACGGGCACGACCCCCUGCGGGCCACCGGUCACCUCACUGUCCUCUUGGCUCCGACGAGCAUCGAACUCCUGGGACGAGGCCGCGAGGAGGUCAUAGAGGUCAACGAAGGCGAAGAAAUCACCCUCGAGUGUCAGGUGGAGGACGCCAAGCCCGUCGCGAUGGUCCGCUGGUACAAGAACAACGAGGAGAUACACUUAGACUCCCGCAUGGACGUCGAGAAGGAAUCUUCGCAACGGCGGCGCCACACGCUCGUCUCCAAGGUGACGCUCCGCCUGACGCCCGCCGACGACGGCUCCCACUACGCGUGCCACGCCGAGCACCCGGCGCUGAGCCAGCCCAUCGCUGCCUCCGUCAAGAUCUCAGUCCUGUACCCCCCGGGGCCGCCCAUGAUCACCGGCUACACGGCAGGAGAGACCAUCCGCGCGGGCGAGGAGCGGACCCUGUCGUGCCGCUCGCGGGGCGGGAACCCCCUCGGCCGAGUCGUCUGGUACCGCAACAACGAGAUCAUCGACACGACCGACCGGCCGAUCGGGGCCGAGAGCGUCAACGAAUACAAAUUCAUCGUGGAUUCAGCGGAUAAUGGAGCCAUUUUCACGUGCGAAGUGAGAAACAAACUGACGGAGAAGCCCCUUGCUGCUUCUGUCCAGCUGGACGUGCAGUUUCCUCCCGACAAGGUGGUGGUGUCGGGGCCGACGCAGUCCCGUGUGGGCGAGAACGUCACGCUGACGUGCGUCGUGGAGAACUCGAACCCGGCCGCGGAGGUGUCGUGGGUGGUGGACGGGCAGCCGCGCCCCGAGGCCACGACGCGGCGCGAGCGGGCGGGCCCGGGCGGCUGGCAUACGGUCAGCCGCCUCGAACUGGGCGUGCCAUCCGUCGACAGGGACAUGAUGUUCACCUGUCACGCUACCAACCAGGCGCUCGGAGAGACCAAGGUCGACACGUACAUGCUCUCGGUCUUGCGUCCGCCUCUGCCGCCGGUGUUGCACGGCUACAGCGAAGGCGCGGGCAUCCGCGUGGGCAGCCAGCAGCGGAUAACCUGCGUCUCGAGGGGCGGCAACCCCCCAGCGCACCUGCAGUGGUACCGAGACGGCCAGAAGAUUCCUUCAAGGAAGCACAGCAUCGAUGACGUCAGCUCGGCCGAAAUCGAGAUCGUGGCGGAGCCGCAGGACAACGGGGCGCAGUACCGCUGCGAGGCGCACAACAGCGCCGCUUCGUCGCCCGUCAGCGUCUCCACGACACUCGUCGUCUUCUUCCCGCCGGAGACCGUCAAGAUCAGCCAGAGUCCGCGGCGCCUGAGUGCGGGCAGCCAGGCCAUCCUCACCUGCGAGUCAGGGCCCUCCAACCCGGCCGCUACCAUCACCUGGUUUAGGGGCGACUACAGGAUGGCAGGCCGCCUGCAGGAGACCUCUUCCAGCCUUAAUGGAGGCACACGAGUGACGAACGUGUUAGCGCUCAACCUGACAGCGGCCGACGAUGGUCUCACCUACUCGUGCCAAGCGAAGAACACUGCCUUGCAGAAAGAUGUCACACAGUCUGUCACUCUCCAUGUCAACUACGCGCCGACGUUCCUGGCGGAGCCGCCCGACGUGGUGGACGUGGUGGUUGGCGAGUCUGAGGAGCUGAACCUGACGGCGCGGGCCAACCCUGGCCCCGUCAUCUACACCUGGACGCGCCACGGCCUCCCGCUGCCCGACCCGGUCAUCGACGACUCGUGGCGCGACACCUACGCCCAGCAUCCCGACAUUGGCGGCGCGGGCGGCUCGCGCGUGUCCGCCGUCGGGCCGCUGCUCUACAUCCGGGGGGUCACCGUCGACGACGCCGGCGACUACGAACUGGAGGCGACCAAUCAGGAGGGGGCGACCGUCGCCAAGGUUUACCUCAAUGUUCAGUAUCCUCCCACCAUCAAGUACACGUCGGAGAUGGUGACCGUCUCCGAGGGCCAGGACGCCCACCUCGAGUGCGCCGCCGACGGCAACCCGCUGACGGAGGCCAUGAUGGCUUGGCGCCGCGACGAAUACGACUUCACCAAGACGGAGCAGAUAUUCGGAGGGAAGAAGGCGACGCUGACAGUGCUGCGAGCUAACCGAAACGACACGGGCGUGUUCACCUGCGAAGUGAACAACAGCAUCGGCAGAGUGGCCACCGCCAACAUCACACUCGUGGUGAAAACGAAGCCAAUAGUGGAACGCUCUCAGCUGCUGGACCGCGCGGCCGCCGAGAAGGGCAAGAGGGGCGAGCUGCGGUGUCUGGCCGAGGGCGCCCCCGACGUCAGCUUUUCGUGGAAGAGGGACGGCCUCCUGCUCUCCAACGGCGCCAGGCCCGAUAAGUACGAGAACGAGACCGUCAGGACGGGACUGGUGUCCUGGGCGUCCACCUUCUACAUCAGGAACGUGCACGAGGACGACUACGGCCGCUACGAGUGCAUCGCGGAGAACGAGCUCGGGGCGUCCACCUUCACCGUGCGAUUCAUCAAGCCCACGGGCCCCGACCCCCCGCUGUCUCUCAAGGUGGUCAACACGACCCACGACACCGUGACCCUGGCUUGGAAACCUGGCUUCGACGGCGGCAAGACCCAGUACUUCCGCCUCCGAUUCCGCACCAAGGACAGCACCUCGUACCAGUACCUCGACGUGUACGAGGCCGGGGUGGACGUCUACACGGUGAUGCACCUCAGCCUCAACACCGAGUACUAUUUCUCGAUCAUGAGUUACAACGACAAGGGCGACAGCGAAUACCGCGGCGAGUUCGUGCGGGCGACCACGCGCAGCGAGGCCCCUCCUACGCCUGUGCCCUCGUCCAACGUGGGCAAGGAGGCCUCAACCAAGCUACCUGGCCUCUGGGUCGUCAUCAUAGUACUCGUUGCCACUGCAUUGCUUGCUCUCAACGUUUCUGCCAUUGUCUGUAUAGUUAGGCGAAGGAGGAACAAGCGGGCUUCACCCCCCACCAAGAAGACUCCGCCGCCGUCUGUGUCGUCGACCAUGGCCAAACCCAUGCCACUCUCUGUCACGCAGGAAGGCAGCGACCAGGCGAGCAGCAAGAGCACGACCAACACCAUGUACGCCCCCUCUUCGUACAACGACACCGUGGUGGGCGAGACGCUGUCGUCCAUCUCCGAGAAGAGCCGCGAGUCCUAUACGCAGGAGGACUCCGUCGUUGACUAUGAGGAUGGUCCUCAGUACUUUCCCUCAGGGCACGCCCCGUCAGCUCACUUACUUCCGGCACAUAUUCUCCCCGGUCGCCUUGUACCGGGCCAGGUCUUUUUGUACGACCAGUAUGACCUCCUGUACGACUGCGAGCAGACUCACAAGCACGCUGCCUCCACGUACCUCAUCGACCAGAUUGAGCCUCCGCCGGAGUACGCGAGCCAGACGCCCUCGCAGCCUUCCAGCGCCGCCUAUGACCCGCACGAGGACGACUACGCUGAGGUUCUUCGCAGGAACGCUUAUAAUCAUCAGCUGGGUAAAGUUACCCCCCGCCCCCCCUCCCGCGCCACCCACUACAGCACCUCCCCGGAAAACCGCGGUUACCUCAGCUUUUCCUACACGCCCUCCCCCACGGGCGUCCCCAACGGCGCCGCCCAAUACCACGCGGGGGGUCCUUCAGUCACGUUGGGCCUCCACGAUCACGCCCACGGCUACCCUGCUGACAUGGGCAACCUGAGCAUGGAGGGCGUGGACCACGCUCACGCUCUGCAGUCGUUGGGCCUCGACUCCGACCCCCCGCCAUCCCUGGGGCUCGAGCAGCACUCCAUUCCUUCCGAACACCCCAGCCUUACGCUCGACCCCCACUCCAUUACUAUAGACCAUCCCGUCAUCGCCGUGACAGACUUCUCCAACAGAAACGGAGACUUGAGAGUCCAGCCGACCAGCCUCUCCACCUUCAACCCUAAUCCCUCGCCCUCGACCUUCAGUGAAUCAGACCUUGAAGGCCACUUGGUAUGACUGUAAGCACGCCCGCUGUCAACAGUAAGGCGGGUACCUGCUUACCUUCUCAAGAGUCCCCUGGGUGCGCCGGCUCUGCGAACGACCAUGACCCGUUUUCUGUGGAUCCAGAAGAGGGGAAACUGGAGCACUAAAAUCACAUUUGCAAAGCCCAAAAAGGAAAUGCACCCAAGACGUCAGGGAAACUUAUAUAUUCGCUGAUUUGCUUGAAUAACCAAAGAAUAAUGACUUAAUGCAUUUCAGUAACGCAUGUAGGUACUUUAUGAGGUUAUAAGAGUAUAAUGGCUUUAAAAUGCAUUUUGCAUAAUACAUGCAUGAAUUUUGUCAUGAUCAUGAAUGUGAUCUUGUAUGUUGUUUAUUUACCCAGUGUGAUUGGGUGCAGAGUUGAUCUAAGUAUGUAAUUUCCGACAGCAUGAAAAGGACAUUUAUUAUGAUCAAAAAUCAUAAUCUGUGCAAACAGCAAGGAUUUCCUGUUGUCGCGCCUGUCAGGUUGGACUGUCUUUCCACAACUUGAAGUCUGGAGUAUAAAUUAGCUAUGAAAAACACCGAUAUAUUUUGAAAGACAAAAGAAACUGUGAUGCAUUUCUUUAUUUCUACUUUAUGUGCGAAAUACCAGUGACGAAAUUGACAUAGGAUGUUUAACAAGCUGCGUGUCUCAGUGUUUGUGUGAUUGUUCAGAGUCUGGCACCAAAACAGAAUUAAUCGAGGAACUAAGCAAUGUUUGUAAUCAAUGUUUUCCAUAUACAUGGGCCUGUAUACAAUGCCUAACACAUGUAUAUUCAAUAUCGCCUAUGUUACAACCCCCGCCGUACAGUGUAAAAGACUGCUCCAGAGGACCAGUUCCUUGUCGAGAAAAUAGAGUAAAGAAAAAGAGUGAAAUCAUUCCUGAGAAAGUCAUUUUCUCUUGUUGGCCUAAAAGGAUUAAAUGGUGAGACUCCCUGACUGCGGCCCACCUGGGUGCCGCCACGGAAUGACAAUGUCUGCUUUGGUGAAGUUGGACGGAAUCCCGCCGAUUAGUCUGCCACGUCGUUGUCGACGUCGCCCGAGAAUAUUCUCAGGAGUAAUCGGCGAGCGAGAGGGAAGAGCUGACCAGGAACCGAGGCUAAUCUUCGUGCGAGGACGGAACCUUGAAGAAGGAAAGAAUCACAUCAAAGUACAUUUAUCGGUGCGUCAGUUACAGAGCCGAAAACGAUUGAUUGUUACAAAACUGUGUAUUUGCAUACACUGCUAAGAAACACACGUACGCAUACGGACUUUAACAACAUUGAAACAGUAACCAGUGAGGUUUUGUCUUGCAACAAUAUAAUUAUGGGAAUGCCAAAAACCUCACGAUUCCCUUGGUAAAAUUGGAAAAGUCUGCGGAGUCAAGAAGCCUCAUUUCCUUAUAUUGUGCCAUCUGGCACCUACAGCAAGUAGGGUUACAGUGACCAUAUAUACGCUCAUUUGAGCUCUGUAUGCGUUACAUAACUGGGGCUUCCGUUUCUCUGUUGGUGUGACAAUAGCUUUCUGUUCAGACCAACCGUGGAACCAUUGAUCGCAUGGGAUGAGAGAGCUAUCCGUGUUUGAAAUCAAGUUCUAUACACAACUGUAAGAAUAAAAAAAAUAAAAUCAGAACUGGAAAUAGCCUGGAAUAACACGAAAGCAUCGGUCUCAGGGGAAGAAAACAUCGGCAUUUCGUCGGCACAAGAACCUCGUGAUCAACAGAUAGAAAUACGAGGCUUAACCCAUGUUCGCCUUGAGAAGUUCCGGAUCUCCUGUCUGCUCUCUGGAACUGACACACAGAUUUGUGCAUUUAGUCUUUUUCUUCCUUCCUUCCUUCUUCCCUCCCUUUUUCUAUCAAAUGUACGGCGCCAACUGGGGUAUCAUCUUGUUUAGCUCCUGUUACCAACAUAUAUGUAACAACACUGAAGACACUUCCUGUGUUAUGUUAUAUUGAAAAAAAAAUGUGUAGAUAUGUACUUACAAGACAGAGUUUAUUGAAUAUAAUAAUUUAUGUUGUAAAGAGGAAAGCAAAGAUGAAAACUGUCACCCCCAUAAAAUUUGGAAUUUGUAUA